AUGGCCUUAAAUCGGAUCCGUGCAGAGUUGGCAGAAUUUCGGAGAGACCCGCCGCCGGGCUGUAGGGCCGCACCCGUGGGCACCGACUAUUUCCAGUGGACGGGCAGUAUUGACGGACCGCCGGACACUCCCUACGAGGGCGGCGUGUUUAACAUCAAGAUCACAUUCCCGCAAAACUAUCCGUUCAAAGCGCCCAAGAUUGUGUUCACCACCCGGAUCUAUCACCCAAACAUACUAUAUACUGGUGCUAUAUAUUUGGAUACACUGCACAGGAACUGGAGUGCGGGCCUCACUAUUGGCGCGGUGUUACUCAGUGUUCAACAAUUGAUGACUGACCCGAACCCCAACGAACCGGCGGACGGCACGAUCGCCCGGCAAUACACGGCGAAUAGGGAGGCGUUUAACCAGACGGCCAGACAGUGGACGGUACUGCACGCGAGCCCUCCGCCCGGCCACGUGUUCACCGUUCAGACCACCGCCACUCCGACCAACAGUCAGGACAGCGCCGGUACGGGUGGCUCUGGUCAUAGCGGUUAG